UCACAGGAGCUCUUGUUGUCACGUUAAUGUUUUGGUGCAUUAGCCUGGCAGCUCGUUUCGCCCCUUAGCUGCUACGUCGGUGCUGUGGAUCAUUUCAUGAUGAAUAAAGGGAAAGCCAGCGGCGUGUCGUGGGUCAAACCGGCGGAGCCGUCCUUCCUGAAGAAGUUCAAGACUGAUGUGGGAUACAAAGAAGGGCCAAAUGUUGACACCAAGCGUCAGCUGAUGCCCACGCUGGAGGAUGACAGUGACAGCGACCGGGAAGAUGAACUACCUCAAGUUGUUGUCUUAAAAACUGGAGAUCUGAGCGCAGAUGAGGUGAAGAAGCUCAAGGAUGAAAUGCAAGCUGAAGAGAAAGGCAAAGAAGCUCCUCCUGAGGGCAAAAUUCUCUUCAAGAAACCAGCCAAGCGCUCAUCCUCAGACAAGUUUCAGGGUAUCACUGCGAGCUCCAGCAAGAAGAAGAAGAAUGACAGUGGAGAGCAGGGAGAAGAAGACGAGGACAGAAAAUCAGGGAAAAGAGUAAAAAAUAACAGUCUGCUGUCAUUCGGAGCCGAGGAAGAGGAAGAGAAUGACUGAAUGUCAGACUGUUAGGUUGGUAAAGGUUGAAGGAUGCAUAUAAACAAAUUUUAUGGAGUUAAAUGUUGUCAUGUUCUUGGAUGUUUCUAGUGAGUCAUCGCACAUCUCAUACCAGAGUUGAAAUUCUCCCAUCUGUGUUCAUUGGGUAGAAACCAGCAGAGAGUGAGUUUGCUGCGGCAUCAGCAUUGACUCAUGAAUCUAAGAAAAAUAUCUGCAGUACCAGGGUCUGUGUAGAUGAUCACACCUGCGCAUUCUACCCUCAGUAAACCAAAUUUACAACCACCGUUUUCUCUGCAUUCAGUUCUGUCCAGAAGACUCUUCUACGUUGCAUUCAAGAAGCCUUUCUGUGACUCUUAAUAACCUUGAGCCUUUCAGGGUUUCCAAAACUCUCAAUUUGUUUAACUUUUUGACUUUAAGAUGAAUGGAGAAGAAAAAAAACUCAUUGGCAGGUGUCCUGAUAUUAGCUGAGGUGAAACUGGACAAGUCGAGGACAACAAAAGGCGCUGGUCUAAGAACUAUUUUAGAGGCAUGUUUUAGAAGAAACCCAACAAAGACCUGACACAGGACCUUAAGAGACUGACCAUUCUUAAAAUGAUCAGUCUACUGUCAUGGUUCUCAAAUUUUGGUAUAAAUGUUAACAUCAGUACUCGAGGUCCCAACUGAGUCUGAUCAGCACCAAUGAUAAAGGAAAACUGGCUCCUUAAAAAGAGUUAUGAAGAAAUAAAGGCCUAUUCAAAAACGUUUGCAUAGCCCUGUCUGUAGGCCACCAUAGAAGAUCUCCAGCAGCGUUGGAGUAUAUGGUCAGGUACCCAAAAAAUCUAUACCAGAGUUCAGAGGUACGCAGCCUUAAUAACUUUAGCCAAAAAAAAAAACCCAAAACAUUUAGACCUCAGCUGGUUUUGUUUUUAAUGUAAUUUAUAAAAAAUAAAGUGGUUUUCUUCCCCAA